AUGGCACUGUCACAAGUCCCCGCGCUGUCCGUCACCGUGAGACCCGGCGUGACAGACAGGAGAUUGACAGGCGAGUGGCCGCAGCCGCCCCGAGGCCAGCCCAGCUCGUGUGAGUCUACCGUGAUGCAGGUGCACCAACCCGACGUCGUCCUCCUGGCCAGGACGUACAGUUUCACGGCUGAAGACGUCGACUUUUACCUGUACGGCAGGAACCCCGUCCGCACCGUCCAGCUCCCCGGGCUGAAGAGGAAACCACAGGACCCGCAGUGGUGUGACCUGUGUAAGGAGGAUCACCAGGGAGAGUGUCCCGUGCACGGCCCGCUGCACUCCCUCCGGCGGAUGGUAAGCGGCGCUCCUGCCGACCAGAAGCAACCCAGCCAACAGUACCCGUACGCUGUCACUAGUCUACCUGACGAGGUGACCCUGUGCCACAGCAGUAUCCCAGGUGAGGGUUACGGCAUCUGCGCCACCAGGACCAUACCUGUGGGCACCUGGAUCGGACCGUACGAGGGGGUGCGCAUGCGCUCAGGAGAGAUGUCCUGUGCCAUUAAAACAACCCAUUUCUGGGAGAUGUAUGAGAACGGAAUGUUCAACCAUUACAUUGACGGGACCGACGUGCGCCGCGCCAGCUGGAUGCGGUACAUUAGGUGUGCCCGGCACCGGGCCGAGCAGAACAUGGUGGCCACGCAGUACAGGGGCUGUAUCUUCUACAAGAUCUUCAGAGAAAUCAAGGCCGGUGAGGAACUGCUGGUGUGGUACGACCCUGACUCCUACAUACAGUUCAUGGGCGUUCCGCUAGGGCGCAGAAUCAAGGAUGAAGACACGCCACCGUCGGUAACCAUGGUACUGCAGAAGAGCGGGAGUCAAUCGUCGUCCGAGAUGGAAUUCGAAGCUAACAAUGUCGAGACGGAGUCUUCCGGUACCGCCUCACCCAACGGACACACAACUUCAUCCCAGAACAGACCCUCGGCAAGGUAUAAUUCUGUUCGGACAAACCCACCCAAACACACGGGGAUAUUCAGCGCCAGGCCGAGCCGUCAGCGGCGUUCUAACAACACCGUGACUCAGUCUUCACCUGACCAGGCCGAGGUGCUGGGACAGGGGGCAUCUCAGCUGUCCUCCGCGGGGAGGAACAACGAUUUCGCCGACUGGAACCUGUGGAAAUGUGGCCAGUGCUUCAAGACGUUCACGCAGAGAGUGUUGCUACAGAUGCACGUGUGCUCCCGUAACCCGGACCGGCCGUACCAAUGUGGCCACUGCACACAAGCCUUUUCCCAGCCGAUAGACCUACGGAACCACGUGGUGACACAUUCGAGCGAUCGGCCCUUCAAGUGCGGGUACUGCGGCAGAGCGUUCGCCGGAGCCACCACUCUCAACAACCACAUCCGGACACACACGGGGGAGAGGCCCUUUAGAUGUGGGAAGUGCAAAAGACGUUUCUCCCAGGCCACCCAGCUGAGCAGACAUCAGAGGACAUCCGGGGACUGUCAACAGGAGCCUGGGAACGAGACCGAAACGGACGAACAGAGCGAAGCCUCGGCGUAGUUCCCCUCUCGUUCCACAACCCGCACAGGACGACAGUUUAUCUUAAUACGUGUAUGUCCUGUGAUAUAGCUGGUAUAAAACUAUACUAGCUUGAUAAAACGUCAUAGCAUGAACAGUUAACUAGCUAGGCAUCUAUGUUAGACCUGUCCUAUGUUAUACCAGUACGUUGUAUGGAAUAAAUUACAGCUUCGACCAUUAAAAACUUAAUUAAAGUCGUGCUUUCGUGAUGGUAUUUACCUG